AGAGAGAGUCACACACAGACAGAAAAUAAGCUAGCUGUAACUGUGCAACUCUGAGUGAGCGGCCUCAAGAGGAUAUUGCCUCACUGCAUGGAACUUACCUGAGGCUGACUGGUGAUGCUGUGUCUGCUGGGGGGUUCACAGAGAGGCUUGAAUCCCUUUUCCAGAGGACACGAUUAUGUCCAGUGAACAGCGUAACAGUACAGCGUUGAAGGAUGCUCAGUUAAAAGACCUGUUAUUGGAAAAAGCUGAACUGGAGUUUGUUCAGAUAAUCAUUAUAAUCGUGGUGAUAACUGUUAUGGUGAUAGUGAUCAUCUGCCUGUUGAACCAUUACAAACUCUCAACACGCUCUUUCAUCAACCGACAGAGCCAAAACAGGAGGCAGGAAGAAACUUUGCAGCCGGAAGGGUGCUUGUGGCCUUCAGACAGCUCAGUGUCACGACAAGGUGCUUCAGAGAUCAUGUAUGCCCCAAGGUCCAGGGACAGGUUUACCGCUCCAUCAUUCAUGCAGCGGGACCGUUUCAGUCGCUUCCAGCCAACCUACCCUUACAUGCAGCACGAGAUUGACCUUCCUCCGACCAUCUCCCUCUCUGAUGGAGAAGAGCCACCACCAUACCAAGGGCCAUGCACACUGCAGCUCCGGGACCCAGAACAGCAGAUGGAACUCAAUCGAGAGUCUGUCAGGGCACCACCCAACAGAACCAUUUUUGACAGUGACUUGAUAGACAUUUCAAUGUACAACGGGGGCCCAUGCCCACCAAGCAGCAAUUCGGGCAUAAGUGCAACCAACUACAGCAGUAAUGGAAGGAUGGAAGGACCACCCCCAACAUACAGUGAGGUCAUGGGUAAUUACCCAGGCUCCUCUUUUUUCCAUCACCAGCACAGCAAUGCGCCUCCUUCAUCACAGAGGGGGAGCAGACUUCAGUUUCAGCAGAACAAUUCAGAGAGCACAAUAGUCCCUAUUAAAGGCAAAGACAGGAAACCAGGAAACCUUGUCUAAGUUACUUUCCCAGGUGCACUUGAACUGAAGACAAGAGAAUCAAACAGGAAUGUGGAGGAAAAUCCCCACAUUCCUGUGCACAAUGUUGUUAAGUUACACGUGGUACAACUUAGUAAAACCAAACGUGCAAACCAGUUCUUUGUUUCUGAUUCCUUUCAGGGGAAUUGCAUGCAAAGUGGAUUGAGAUAAUACAAACUUCCAUUCAGUUUGGCCAUGAGCAGUGUUUUGGGGAAAAUAUAUAUUAUUUUUUUUAAAUAAACUAUUUGAAUUAUUUAAUUCUAAAAGGAAACUUAGCACAGAAAUUAGGCUUGUACAGCCUGUUUUAUAUUAACUGAAUGGCAGAGAGAAGAAAAUGAGAAGAAAGUUUUGCUAGGUAAACGGGAGAAGAAUCGGCCAGUUUGCUUUUUUCUCCCAAGGCGUGGAAUUUUUUUUAUAUGAAUCAAAAUUCCUGUUUUGUGUGCCAAGGUGUAAAGUUGAGAAAUUAGAUGAAUGCAAGGAGUUA